AUGGACCUAAUGAACGGACAGUCAAGCAGUGUUAACAUCGCAGCUACUGCUUCAGAGUGGUUUUGUUUGUUUCUGCAGAAGAGUAGCAGCUCUGAAUCCUUGAGUGACAAAGGUUCAGCUGAACUGAAGAAGAGUUUUGAUGCAGUGGUAUUUGAUGUUCUAAAGGUUACACCGGAAGAAUAUGCGGGGCAGAUAACACUAAUGGAUGUCCCUGUAUUUAAAGCAAUUCAGCCAGAGGAGCUGGCAAGCUGUGGCUGGAAUAAAAAAGAGAAAUACAGUUCUGCACCAAAUGCUGUUGCUUUCACCAGACGAUUCAAUCACGUAAGCUUCUGGGUUGUUAGAGAGAUUCUACAUGCACAAACUUUAAAAAUAAGAGCUGAGGUUUUGAGCCACUAUAUUAAAACUGCAAAGAAACUGUAUGAGCUGAAUAAUCUGCAUGCUCUUAUGGCAGUUGUGUCAGGCCUACAGAGUGCUCCAAUCUUCAGGCUGACUAAAACGUGGGCGUUACUGAGUCGGAAGGAUAAAGCCACCUUUGAAAAGCUGGAGUAUGUUAUGAGUAAAGAAGAUAAUUACAAAAGGCUUAGAGACUAUAUCAGCAGCUUGAAGAUGACUCCUUGUAUUCCCUAUUUAGGUAUUUAUCUGUCAGACUUGACGUAUAUUGACUCUGCCUACCCAUCAACAGGGAGCAUUCUGGAAAGUGAGCAAAGAACAAAUUUAAUGAACAACAUUCUUCGAAUUAUCUCAGAUUUACAGCAGUCGUGUGAAUAUGAUAUUCCUCUGUUGCCUCAUGUCCAAAAAUAUCUAAACUCAGUUCAGUACAUAGAAGAACUACAAAAGUUUGUAGAAGAUGACAAUUAUAAACUUUCAUUAAAGAUAGAACCAGGGACCAGCACCCCUCACUCUGCUGCUUCCAGAGAAGAUUUAGUAGGCUCUGAAGUUGGAGCGUCUCCACAAAGUGGACGGAAAAAUGUUGCAGCUGAAGGAGCCUUGCUACCACCAACACCCCCUUCGCCUAGGAACCUUAUACCGCAUGGACAUAGGAAAUGUCACAGUCUGGGAUACAAUUUCAUACACAAAAUGAAUACGGCUGAAUUUAAAAGCGCAACAUUCCCCAACGCAGGACCAAGGCACCUACUGGAUGACAGCGUCAUGGAGCCUCAUGUUCCAUCCCGAGGGCAGGCAGAAAGCUCCACCCUUUCUAGUGGAAUUUCAAUAGGUAGCAGUGAUGGUUCUGAACUCAGUGAAGAGACUUCCUGGCCAGCAUUUGAAAGGAACAGGUUGUACCAUUCUCUCGGUCCGGGGACAAGAGUGUCACGAAAUGGCUAUCGAGGCCACAUGAAGGCCAGCAGCUCCCUAGAAUCUGAAGAUUUGGCUGUUCAUUUGUAUCCAGGAGCAGUUACUAUUCAAGGUGUUCUCAGGAGGAAGACUUUGCUGAAAGAAGGCAAAAAACCUACAGUAGCAUCUUGGACAAAAUACUGGGUAGCAUUGUGUGGAACCCAACUGUUUUACUACGCUGCAAAAUCUCUGAAGGCUACAGAGAGAAAACAUUUCAAAUCCACACCGAGUAAGAAUGUGUCAGUGGUGGGCUGGAUGGUGAUGAUGGCAGAUGACCCUGAGCAUCCAGAUCUCUUCUUAUUGACUGAUUCUGAGAAGGGAAAUUCAUACAAAUUUCAAGCUGGAAACAGAAUGAAUGCAAUGCUGUGGUUUAAACACCUGAGUGCUGCCUGCCAAAGCAACAGACAACAGGUUCCUGCCAACUUGAUGACCUUUGAAUAACAGGCUAAUUCAAAACAAAAAAGGAACGAUUUGAACCAUCUCAUAAUUGAGAACGAGGUCCUGAUGAAAAAUGUGCCAGCUGUAUUCUGUGCCAGAACAGAGCCUGUCAACUCGAUCUCUGAACUCUGGAGCCCUGAACAAAACCACUAAUGGCUGGGAAGUAGAGUCCCCCAAAUUAAAAAUGGAGUUGCAACAUGAAUUGCCAUGGACUAUGCUUUGUUGUAUUCUCUGAACUGACCUGUGGAAACCACUGCCUUAAAGAGUGAAAGGAAAAACAACAUGAAACACCAAAUAGUGUGUGUGAAACUUCUGGCGGUGCUGUGCUUGAGUUAAAUAGAUUGUAGC